GUUUUCCACAAUUCUUGGUGUAAAAUGCCAAUGCUUAUUUUACAGGAUAUUAAUAAAAUAUUUUAAUUUCUGUGCUAAUUGAUGCUCCUAAAAAAGUGACCGCCUUAUAAAAUUCUUUUGCUUUUAGUAGUCUUUCACCUCUAAUCAGUCACCACCGUCCAAAAGCCUAGCCGUCUUCCUCCGCUGUCGCUCGUCAUCGGUGAUAUUAUUUCGUCAUCUCCCUUAUCUGCCGAGGUUUCUGGAGGAGGAUUCCUAUUCCGUUCCGUUUGAAACUCUGAACCCGGAAAAAAGGCCGUUCGUUUUAAUCAUGGUGAGCCCCAUUGUGACAAUGCGAAAUGAGGAGAUUGGGCCUCCAUGGCUGAAACCAAUGCUGAGGGCCGAUUACUUUUCGCCCUGCCCACUUCAUUUGGAUUCUCAUAAAAGCGAGUGCAAUUUGUUCUGCUUGGACUGCAUGGGCAAUGCCUUCUGCUCUUACUGCCUGAGCCAGCACAAGAACCAUCACGUUCUUCAGAUAAGGCGAUCUUCGUAUCAUAAUGUGGUGAGGGUGAAUGAGAUUCAAAAGUACAUCGACAUAUCGUGCAUUCAGACAUAUGUGAUCAACAGUGCUAAGAUUGUAUUCUUGAACGAGAGGCCACAGCCGAGGCCAGGCAAAGGAAUCACUUACACUUGCGAAAUCUGUGCUCGUGGCCUUCCCGACUCUUUCAGAUUCUGUUCUCUCGGCUGCAAGCUGAGUGCCAUAGAGAAAGGUGAUCUUGAGCUCACAUUUUUGGUGAAGGCCAAACACAGCAGAGACACUUUAGACGAGCCCGACUCGUUCGAACUCUCGACUCCGAAAAAGAUUCAGAGAGGGAAUGCAUUUAACCGGUUCUUGGAUAGCGACUCGACUUCCGGUAGCUCAGAUGAUUUUUCCGGCCACAACGGUAAUCUAUCUCCGGCAACUCCUCCGCCGUUCAACCACACGAACUCGAGUAGAAGGAAAGGCAAACCCCACAGAGCUCCAUUCUGAUGAUGUGUGGUGAAUUUGAAUUUUAAUAUAUAAAUCUCUGAAAAUCAUACUGUGGUGUGUAGGGUGAGUGAGAUAUAAUAUGUGUGUUCUGAUGAGGUAGUUAUCAAGAAUUUGACUGGUUAUAUUGUGAAAAGCUUGCAGUAAGCUUAGGAUUAGUUGAAAAUGUAUACGGUUUGUGUAUAGUUGUAGUUUGGGGUUCUUGAAAGUUGUGUACAUAUUUUACAGGCAGCUUUGGUGAAGCAUUAGAUAUGGAAAAGUUUAAUGUUUUAAGGGAUUUUAAACAAAUGAUGCAUAUAAUUCAGUUUUAUGUGGAAUGUGUGUAAGCAUGUGAGCAUUA